AUGGUUGGCGUGACAGAAGGAAUGAGGAUUUUUACAAGAGUAUUGCUCAAAAUGCCAUGCAACUUGAAUCAGCUUUAUCAAACCAUAAGUGUAAAGCAAAAGAAGCCAUCAUUUAAACUAUCAAAACUGGUUACCAUUGUGUAUGAUGAUGAAGAUUUGCAAGCUAAGGUGAAAAAGGUUCUCAGUUAUAUUGCAUGGUUGUUGGAGAAGGCAUAG